CCCGAGGCUCCGCCCGCUCAACUGUGCCUUCUUCCGCCAUUCCCAUUGGCACAAAAAUCUGAGCUGCCCCUCAAAUUGCCUAGUCCCGGAAGUGACGUUAGCCCCGCCCCUAAGGAAGUGACGACCGGCCUGCCCUUGAAAGGCAGGGAGGGUUGGGUGGUGCAACCCUCCGCUCGCUCCUCAGGGAGAUGGCACAGCGAUUUCUCCUGAGAAGGUUCCUGGCCUCCAUCAUCUCCAGGAAGCUCCCUCAGGAUCGGUGGGCACCCCUCACCUCCAAGGCCCUGCAGAUCCCACAGUGCAGUCCUGGUGGCCUGACAGUAACACCCAGCCCAGCCCGGACAAUAUUCACCACCAGAGUAUGCUCCACAACCUUUAACAUCCAGGAUGGACCUGACUUUCAAGACCGAGUGGUCAACAGUGAGACACCAGUAGUUGUGGAUUUCCAUGCACAGUGGUGUGGCCCCUGCAAGAUCCUGGGGCCAAGGUUAGAGAAGAUGGUGGCCAAGCAGCGUGGGAAGGUGGUGAUGGCCAAGGUGGAUAUUGAUGACCACACAGACCUCGCCAUUGAGUAUGAGUUUUCUCAAACGCCAGGAAGGGAGCCCAGACAGCAGGAAACACUUGAUGCCAGCAUGGGCCUGGCCUCAUCCAUGUUCUGUGUAACCUACACGAGUCCCACUGGAGCCAGUGCCUCACAGACCAGGUGUCUGCUGUGCCCACUGUGCUGGCCAUCAAGAAUGGAGAUGUGGUGGACAAGUUUGUGGGCAUCAAGGAUGAGGACCAGCUGGAGGCCUUCCUGAAGAAGCUGAUUGGCUGACAAGCAGGUCUGUAAUAAAGACCUUUAUGUGAUCUCUUCUGCCUCCUGCUAUGAAGAACAGACCUUGGGGGCCCUGCACUCAGAUCCCGUGUGGCCGCCCCAGCCCCACCCCCAGAGCCCCCUCCUUUCCUUUCCGCCUUCUCUCCUAGGCACGGGACAGAAAACAGUGCUGGGCCGCGGGAGCCCUGCAGCCCCUUGACCUGCAAAGCUCCAGGCACCAUCUUCCUCGCCACUGGCCAGCACCUUGGUUCUGUGAGCGGGAGGCUUAACUAAACAAACCAGACCAAUAAACCUGGGGCUUGCGCUGUCGGCAGCUUCCAUCCUGUCUGGCACUGA